CUUCCAAUUUCCAAUCCACAGUUAUAACAAUCUGCAAUUGAUCUGCACUCUGCAUAGUCGCAUACAGAAAUCUUGUGAGGAUGGAGAGUUCACUGCCUUAUGUGGGCAUGGUGGUUCAGCAGUUUGCACAGGUGGGCCUUUUGAUAGUAACCAAGAAAGCUAUGUUAAGUGGAAUGACAACAUUCAGCCUUGUUUUCUACUCCAGUGCUUCUGGUGCACUCAUUCUUCUUCCUCUUUGUUUUCUCAUCAAAAGAUCAGCCCGUCCCAAGCUUUCUUUCCAUUUUCUUGGCUGCUGUUUCUUGAUUGGCCUAAUUGGGUUCUUGGUGCAGAUAUUUGGCUAUGCUGGGACUUUCUAUGCCCCUUCAUCGCUUAUCUCAGCAAUGAUGAACCUUAUCCCCGGGAUUACCUUUUUAUUUGCCGUUUUAUUCAGGAUGGAAACAGUGGACUGCAGAAGCUUCAGCACACUGGCCAAAUCCAUUGGGACUAUUGUAGCAAUCUCGGGUGCUCUGGUUGCAACUCUUUAUCAAGGACCCCCCUUACUGAUGCUCCCAUCUCACUCAAAUCUCACCCUUCAACCUCUUACCCAGUCAGCAAAUGUGCUGCUUGGUGGACUGCUUUUUGGCAUUGAUUGUGUGAUUGCUUCUCUACUUAUGAUUGCACAGGCAUUUGUCCUUAAGAAGUAUCCGGUGGAGUUGAUCAUAAUGUUCUUUUAUAGCUGCUUUGUGGCUAUUUUUUCUCUAGCUUCUUCUCUAAUUCUGGAAAGAGACCUCAGUGCAUUCAGCUUAAAAACAAAGACGAGGUUGGUUGCUGUUCUAUACGGGGGAUUCUUUGGCAAUAUUUUUCAACUGACUAUUGGUUCCUGGUGCGUGAGGAAAAAGGGCCCUCUUUUUGCAGCAACAUUUCAUCCCAUAGGCGUUGUCCUCGGAACUGCAAUGGGGGUGAUCUUUCUCCAGGACACUUUCUAUCUUGGCAGUCUGGUGGGCUCUAUAAUCAUUCUAAUUGGAUUUUACUCUGUGAUGUGGGGAAAAGCUAAAGAAAGGAAGCUGGUUGAUGAGAAUGGAGUGAACAACUUGGAAUCAGGGGGUGAAAAGGCCCCUCUCUUGAGUACCAAAGAUGCCAAUUGAGAAGAGAAUGCAUCAAACAGUCUCAAAGAUGGCGUAAAAUAAAAUCAUUUCUUCUUUGGAAGAAUGAAAUGUUGCACUAUCUUGGAUAGGUGAAUUUGGAUUCAAGAAGUGAACAAAUUUGAAA